AUGUCCCACGAUCAAGAUUUCUUUAUCGACGUCGAGCGGGAUAUCAUCGCACCCCUCCGAAGUCCGGGACUGGAGCCAGUCAACCCGGAGUACGGGCCACGGUCCAGCCCUGCACCUCUUGUACGUGUCGACGAACUAUCUUCUGAUUCCUCAGAAGCGGAGGAUUCGGAUACGCUGGGACGGCGGCAGAAGACUAUAGCACGGAAGGGUCGAGCAAACCGCACCUUUGCCGAUGGCGUACUGAUUCUUGCCUUAGAUCCCAAUCAACGUACACUUGCCAGCCAGGCACGGCGAGCGCCAUUAGACUCGAGGAGUCGGUCAGAAGAGGAGGACGAGGAGGACGAGGAGGAAGAUGGUGGCAGCAGCGACGAGGAUGACCAUGACGAUGGCGACAACAAUAAUGCCAUCCAAGAUGACCCGAGACCGAUGAGAGGGUCUGGGAGGGUCGUUCGGAUCGGAGCAAACCCGGACUUGGUCAAAGCAAAGCCGACGCCGCAAACGGCUUUCGUCGUCGAUCCUGUUGGCCGUGACGACAUUGACGACGACGACGACUUUCCUAUGAUUGACAGCCCAGCCACCCUGGCUGAAGAGCACCCGGUACAGUCGCCUCCAGUGCCUACACAAGCCAUCCACAAUCCCGAAAGGGAGGCUCCAGCUUCCAAUGCCGCGUCGAAUCAAGUAGAUCUACUGCGAAAGCAGUUCAACACAAUUCCACCCCCGAGGACUCGACCACUGUUUCCGAAUUUGCGGCUGAAUCUUGUUCCGAGCGUUCGUGACGGUGAUCAAGAUGACGACUCGAUCCUGAAGUCACCUAUUCUCGGCAAGUAUGCAAUAUCGCCCCGGGAUGCCCAUCCGGAUUUCACCUUGCCAGCCAUGCAACAGAGGUCCCCCCCACGUUCCUCACCCGCUGGUCUAGCGGAUUAUAGGACAACGCUCCCGUCGCUGAAGAUCGCCAUUGGCGAUGUCCCUGAACCAAGCCCAGGGGCAUUUGCCUGCCCGUCUCCAGGAAUAGGUCGAGCUCUAUCCGGCCAGUUUGUUUCCUACGCGUCCCCUGCUUCGUACUCUGCGUAUUCUGCCAUGUCCCCUCCGGAUCCUCCGUCUCACACCAACUGGCGUACUGCGACUGGAAAUUCCAAUACGUCAACUUUUUCAGAUUAUACUUCGUCGACCUCCAUCUCCGCCUCGACUCCAGCCUCGUCUAUCAUUACGCCAUCCCCGGCAGCCUCAGGUCCUUCGUCGUUGGUCGCUCUGCCUGAGAGAACUCAUGAGGGUCAAGAAGAGUACAGCGGGACGUGGCAAGUCUCUACCAUGGAGAUCGAUCUGACAUCUCCAGGUGAGGUUCGAUCUGUACCUCAGCCUCAGCCUCAGCACGAAGUGGAUUCGAAAUCUCAACCUCACCCAGCUGUACAAAUGAAAGUCCAAUAUCAACGCACUACCCGACCGCAAUCUCAUUCCAAAUCUGCAGCUCGAGCCCGACCCCAGGUCCAACUUCAGUCUCCUCCUGCGCCUGAACCACGACCACAACGCCGUUCUCAACCCGAAUCUCAAACUGAAGCUGAAUCCCGGGCUGGGUCCGUGACGGAAUCCGAGCUCUCGGAGCUCUCUGAACUUGAAUCCGUACCUGACUCAGAGGCCGAGCCUGCACCCAAACAGCAAUCUAGAUUGCAGCCUAAGCGUCCAUCUGUGUCUCAACCGAUGACCCAACCCGAGGCCGGGCCCAAUGCCGUUGCAAUCGCUCGUUUUUCACUUGGUCCUUUUAAAUGCACUUACGAGGGAUGCAAUGCCGCGCCAUUUCAGACCCAGUACUUGUUAAACAGCCAUAUGAAUGUUCAUUCUGACACCCGGACUCAUUUCUGUCCUGUCAAAGAUUGUCCUCGAGGGCACGGUGGCUUGGGCUUCAAGAGGAAGAACGAGAUGAUCAGGUGA